GUCUAUAUCAGAAAAUGAAAGGAAUCGAUUGAGAUUCUACAGUUCUACUAAACAUAUUUUAAAAAAUACAAAAAAAAAAUUGGAGGGAAAAGAUAAUCACAAGCCUCACGUGGCAAUCCUGCGUCUAGCAGCAAUUAGUAUAUAACUAUCCCUUGAGAAGCAGGGAUUAUUUCAUCACCACAUACACACAACUCUCUUACUUUUGAGUGAUCAAAGGAGAAAAUAUUUCAUCAUAACGCAAGAAAAUGCCUAAUAUUAUGCAAUUGUUAGAGACCCAAAUAAACAUGUUCAUUUUACACCCUUUUACAAUCCUACCAUUCUUCUUUUUCUUGGUGUUUUUCAGUCACAGAUUUCUCCUCAGCAACUACCUGACCAGAAAACACUUACCACCUUCGCCACCAAAACUGCCAAUAAUAGGAAACUUCCACCAAAUUGACAAAAAACUCCCACACCGAUCAUUGCACACUUUAUCCAAAACAUAUGGAGACUUCAUGUUACUUCACUUUGGUAGUAAACCAGUUCUCAUAGUCUCAUCUGCAGAAGGAGCAUGUCAGAUCAUGAAAACACAUGAUACCAUAUUUUCUGACAGACCAGCUUUAAGCAUGUUUAAAAGGCUUCUUUAUGACUGUAAAGAUGUAGCAACAGCACCUUACGGUGAGUAUUGGAGACGUAUGAGAAGCAUAUGUGUAAACCAGCUCCUAAGUUACAACAGAGCCAAAUCUUUCCAUAAUGUCAGAGAAGAAGAAACAGAUAAUAUUGUCAAAGAGAUUGUGAAAUCGCAGAAAGCAGUGAACUUGAGCAAGCUGCUUUCGAAUUUCGCAACCGAUGUCAUUUGCAGGGCGGCUUUUGGGAUGAAGUUUAAUGGAGAGAGAGAUGGAAUUGAUUUCAAGGAGCUGCAUGAAAAGCAUGAAGAGUUAGUAGGAAGUAUUAAUGUGGGUGAUUUUAUCCCUUGGCUAGGAUGGAUCAAUUAUGUAAAUGGUGUGGAGGAUGAGGUUAAGAGAGUUACUAGUGAUAUGAAUAGGUUUUUGGAAGGAUUAGUACAAGAGCAUAUGGAUACGUUACGAGGCAGAAAGCAAGGGGUAAACUAUGAGAAAACACAAGACUUCGUUGAUGUUCUGCUUGAAUUGCAACAGGAUGAUACAACUGAAAUGAGCCUGAACAGACAAAGCAUUAAAGCUAUUAUACUGGACAUGUUUGUAGCUGGAUCCACAACUACUUUUGCAACACUAGAAUGGGCCAUGUCAGAACUCCUAAGGAAUCCCAGGGCAAUGGAAUCACUUAAGAAAGAAGUGAGAGGAAUUACAGGAAACCAAGCCACCAUAACAGAGAAUGAUUUGGAGAAAAUGGAGUACUUGAAAGCAGUGAUUAAGGAGACUUUCCGGCUACAUCCUCCAGUUCCCUUAUUACUGCCUCGCAUCUCAUCUCAGGAAACACAGAUCAAUAGUUUUGAUAUACCUGCCAGAACACAAGUGAUUAUUAAUGUAUGGUCCAUUCAUAGAGAUCCAACAUUUUGGAACGAACCUGAACAGUUCAUACCAGAGAGGUUUAUGAACUCUACCAUAGAUUUUAAGGGGCAGCACUUCAAUUUGCUACCAUUUGGUUCUGGUAGGAGAGGUUGCCCCGGAAUUAUAUUCGGCACUGCAAAUUUAGAACUUGUCUUAGCAAAGCUCAUGCAGAAGUUCGAUUGGACAUUGCCGGAAAGAGCAGAGGGAAACACUUUGGACAUGGUGGAGCACCCUGGACUUACAACCCACAGGGACACUCCCCUUAUUGCCGUAGCAACACCUUAUUAUACCUAAAAAAGGUUUAAUAACUGCAGCAAAUUAAAAAUGCAAGAUACAAAGAACUAUGCAAUAAACCCUCCUAAAAAAUUAUUAUACUAGUAUUUAUUAAGGAAAGUAGUCAACAGGCAAAAACAUAUCAUUCAUCAAUGUCUUUCUACUUUUAUUUUGCUUCUUCAAUGUUGGUACAUUAACUUUGAAGUGCAAGAAUUUUAGGGAUCUUGUUACCCAUCAGGCCAAAAUAUAGCAUGCAUCAUUCAUCAGUUUAUUUUUUUCUCA